AUGGAGCUUUAUGUACAGUGCCAAGUGGAGCAGGUUCAGGGCAGAGAGAAGGCUUCUGCAGGGAUUAAGCUUGGACAGUUUGAUGAGGAAAGCUGCUACAGUCCGCGCGGGCACAAAUGUUUAAGUCCUUGUCCUGUGAAGGAUGUCAUUAACUGCGGAGAAAAGGCAGUACCUCAGAGUGUUGUUGUGGAUCGGAUUUUCUCUGGUAUUCAGCCAACUGGGACACCUCAUCUGGGCAACUACCUUGGAGCCAUCCAGAAUUGGGUGAGGCUGCAGGAGGAAUCCAGCUCAGUGUUGUACAGCAUAAUGGAUCUGCACUCUCUCACCAUGCCCAAGGAGCCAGCUAUCCUGCGCCAGAACAUACUGGACACCACUGCUGCCAUCCUUGCCUGUGGUAUUGAUCCAAAGAAGUGUUUCCUGUUCCGACAGUCACUGGUUCCUGAGCAUGCAGAGCUUGCCUGGAUUCUUGGGUGCUUAACUAAUGUGCCACGUUUACUACGCUUACCCCAAUGGAAGAUGAAGCGUGCCAGCCAGAAUAAUGAAGGAACCGUUGGUUUGUUGACAUACCCUGUGCUUCAAGCAGCAGAUAUUUUGCUGUACAAGUCGACACGUGUUCCUGUUGGAGAAGAUCAAGUCCUGCACCUGGAACUAGCCCAAGAUAUAGCACAACAUUUCAACAAGAAAUACGGAGAAUUCUUUCCUGUGCCCAAAGCCAUUUUAAGUACAACAAAGAAGAUAAAGUCCCUCAGAGAUCCGGCAGUGAAGAUGUCCAAGUCAGACCCACAGAAGUUAGCUACUGUUAAUGUCACAGACAGCCCUGAGGAGAUAGUGCUGAAAUUUCGCAAGGCUGUGACUGACUUUACCUCUGAGGUGACCUACAAUCCAGCGAGUCGCCCUGGUGUCUCCAAUCUGGUGUCCAUUCAUGCUGCUAUAACAGGACUUAGUACAAAAGAAGUGCUGCACCAAUCUGCUGGUCUUGACACUGCUCGGUACAAAAUGGUGGUAGCAGAGUCAGUUAUUCAAAAAUUUGCCCCUAUCAGGAAUGAAAUCAAGAAACUCCAGGAAGACAAAUCCCAUCUGAUAAAGGUUUUAGAGGAUGGAGCAGAGAAAGCCAAAGAACUGGCUGCCCCCAUCUAUCAAGAAAUAAGACGACUGGUGGGAUUUCAGUAGAAGCUGCUGAAUAGUCACAAGGACUUUUGUUUUCUGGGACAGCCAUUUUUUUGUUUGUGUCUUCUUGAUCAUUUCAGUUUGAAACAAAAACUUAUAUCCUGGAAAAUCAAAGCAGACUAUCAAAGUUUUUGCAUCAAAAAUGUACGUGAAGCCAGUUCUUCCCAGUGGGACCAGCAUCAGGCUAGUCUGGAUGGUCAAAGGAGGAAGGUGCAGGCAAUCACAAUUCACAAAGAAAUUUCACAAAAGCAGGAUAGCAAGGUUACCCACAUAGGGGUUUUUUUGCCCCCCCCCCAUUAACCACUGAAAAAAAAGCUGAGGUAUAGGCAAUGUAAUUAGAAUCUAGCAGAAAGAGUUGUAAUCUUCUUGAGAACCUUUCUUACUGUGGAUGCAGUCUUGGUCUUGUUGCAGAAAGACAGCUCAUCCCCUUGCUGUUUAUCCUGCUUUGAUGUGGUGUAGAAAGUGUUCAAGGAUAACCAGAAUAAAAGCAGACUUUACAAAUCAAAAUGCUUAGGGCAUUGGUAAUGGAGAGAGAACUUAGUACCUCUUCCUAUCACCUCUUCAAACUCAGUCUGAUUUCAUAUCUGCAUCUAGUUUGUGUGAAGUAAGUUAGUCUGUCUUAUCUAAUAUAUGUACACCCAUACUGUAAAAGUCUCUGUAACUUUUGUGGUAGAUGGCCUCUCUGACAGUCAAUCCCAAGAAUUCAGUGACUGAAUGUGAAUUUCACUUCUGACAUCUGUGCCAUCUUGCUGGUCAGAUCUGAAGCACUUUGGCAGAAAACUACAAAGCUGCUCCUUUUCCACCUGUUACUUGGUUAUGCCAGGACCUCCAGGAUUGUCAACUCAGCAUCAAGUCUAGGAUUCCUUGAAGAAGCAGGCAGGGGAAACGAUGUAAUUCUGGAUGGGUUGAGAAAUUAGAGAACUGUCUGUAAAAUUUACAAACUUAUUUGAUUAAAAGAGUGUGCUGAAGUCAGAGCCAGAACCACAGGCAAAACAUUUUGUCAGGAUGAGAUUUGGUGGAUCUUUAUGAGCUCUCACUAUUGAUCCUAAAGAAAGAUCCGUAAUGAGUUAGCCUCUGCUGAUCUUAGGCCUCACCGGUCCCACAGAUCAUGUGGGAUAUCCCAGCAGAAGUAUCUGUUCAGAAAGGAGAGAAGACUGAAGAAGGGAAAAAAAGAAGUAGAUUUUCAAUUACUUUAUAGGAGGAGAAAAAUGACUUAGUAGGACAGGAGUAAGGACUAAACAGGAGUGUAUGUAAUUGCACUCAGAACUCUCUUUUUUUAAGCGAGGACGGACAGAGGACUGACAAAUUUUGAUGUCCUGCUAUGAAGUGUUCUCACCAGUUGUCGUAAGAGAUCAUUUUCACCUACAGACCAUGUAAUUUGUUAGUGAGUGUGCAGCAAAGGGGAACUCUCAGAAGGAGACGCGUUCUCCUGAAGACCAGGCCAUAGUACGUGCUCAAAGCUGACUAAAGCCUUACUCCUCCUGUAUGAUUGGGUCAAGUGCUCUGCAUUUGAAACUGCUAUACUGAAAUGCAAGUUGAGUUCAUUCAGUACUCUGGAAGCUCACAACCAUGGCAGCUACUGGAAGGAGGGAAAUUAGUGUCUAUGAAAUAUGCCUAUAGCGUUUGUCACAGAUGAUGGCAGCCUUAUGUGACUGAGUCAGUAAAACUGUUUUUUCUCUGUGUAGUGCAGAUUUUUUUUAAAAGCUAUUUAGUUUUUAAUUAGUAAAUUAUCACAGGAAAGUGGUUCAGAAAUAAUUUUUUUUGAUUUUGCAAAAGAAGUAGUUAUGGACUGGAUAUUUGGGAUUCUGCACAGAGACCUAUAUUUGUUUGCGAAGGUUCUGCAGAAGGAGAACCAUGAGGCAAGAACCUGAUGAUGACAAAAUUAGUCAAGACUACAGGAGCAGAGCAGGUAGAGAGAACAAUGAGAAACCAAACUCAGUGUAGACAAGUCCAAGGUAAUGACCUCUAGAAAGAAUAAGUGCAUUCAUGAAUACUCCCAGCUUUCAAAAGAGCUGUAGCAGAUUGGGAAAGGGCAGAGGUAUUGCUAUGCAUAUUUAAUUUUGUAAACCUUUUGUCAGUGUUUAACAACAGAUACAAAAAUUCAUUAGUUUGCACAGGAACUAGGAGAAAAAAUUAUUAAGAUACUCAUAUUCAGUUAAUGUCAAGAAAAAGGCAUACUGGGCUUACUUAACUCCCUUCUAUUUGUAUCACACCUUUAACCUGGUGAUCAGAGAAGUUGAGGAAUUUUAUUUUGACAGGCUCUUUAACCCUAUUUUGAGGAGUAGUAGUAGCAUAGAGAGGAAAACAAAAGGAGGAACAUGAUGGAAGUAAAUCAAAAUAAUAAAUGGUAUGGAGAAAGUUUUGGGUUUUUUUGUAAUAUUGACACAAUAUGUAGGCAAUGAAAUUUAAAAGGCAGAUGAAUAAAUGUUUGUAAAGAUAUGUUGUCUGUACAUGGUAUAUACUUGAUUAACCCACCUGCCACAAGUUCAGCUACAUUUGGUAAGUAACACUUAUUAGAAUAAAAACCAAGGUGCUUCAGCUGAAGUUACAUCUCGGUGUUUUAAGUAUUUUGCUUUUACACAAAAUCUGUGGAGCUCUUGCUCCUUCUGUUCAUUAGAAGUCACAGCAGAUAAAAUCAGGCAAAGCAAAUAUCCUCUUCAAUUGCAGUCCUCCUCAGCACGGCCUUGUUCAAUUACUGCUACUCACCAACAAUUGGCUUUAAAAUACUUGUUAGGGCACUUUGUAGCAUAGAUUGGUUUGAGCAGACAUCACACGAGAGCUUCCUUAGGAUAAGUUAGCACAGUGCUCGUAGAGAUGCUGAAAAUCUUCAGCACUAAUAUGUCUAGUUUCUAUCUCCUCCUGCUUUUCACUAGCAAAGGUAGGAACAUGGAUUGAAAAGACAAAUGGUUUCAAGGGCUUUUUACGUUUCUGAUACUCAGGUCACCUAACAUCUGAAGUUGGCAUUUGACACACCUCCUUUGCAGUGAAAAGGAAAUAGGUGUAUUCAUAUGUCUUCAAUACAAUUAAAAGUGGUGGGGAGUCAGGGGAGAAGACAUCAACAGCCAAUUCGCCACGUUUCCCAAGCUGUUUUGAACAAAAUGCUCUUCUCUAAGGUAGUUAAAUUUUUCUGAAAAUUGCAUAGGUGGAGCAGGGAAAAAAGCUUCAAAAGAACCUUUUCUGUGGGUUAAGGUUUUACUGUAUUACUUACUUAGCAAUAUUUCCAGAAAAUUAUCUAUUUUCUCUCUUUGUAACUCAAGAAUAAUUUGAAGUUUUUUCCUUCCCUUUCCUCUGUCAGUCAAACAAAUCUUACUUGCCUGACCUAUUUCCUUGGAGUAAGGAAAUAUGCCUGUCUUUUCUUUUCCAGGAAAGUUAAACUUCUAUAAAAUGAACAUUUUAAUCUGUUGUUUGUUAACUUAAACAGGCUUUUUUAUUUUAGUAGUUCCUGUGCAGAAAUUCUCAAAAAUAGCAGUUCCCAAUGAAAUAGUCCCAAUACCACUAACAGCCAUGAUCCUCAGAGUCCCCUGAGAGGAGACAACUGUAAUUUAGAUGUCUGCAGGUAUAUAUUGCUGCCUAUUUAAGUUUUCAUAGAGCCUGGCUUUUCUGGGCAGUUAACCAUUCUGGCGUUCAGGUUGAGAAUCUAACUGGACCUAGCCUGGCUGCCUCCUUGCGUUCCCUGAGUGUUUACCUAGCAUCUGGGAGGAGCUUGGCAGAAGGAAGUUAAGCCUGGAGCAACAUGUGGUUACUAUCGUCAGUAAAAGUUUGAUACUAAGCAACUGAUCUCUUCCCUCCUCUUCUACCUCCGUGUUUCCUCUUCAGAAUAUUUUUGUAAGUACCUAUUUCAGACAGUGUUCUGUGCCUGUGUUUACUUCAGCAAAGUAGCGUAGGUGAGUUAGAGCAGGUCUUCAGAUCAAAGCAGUUGUUGCGGAAGGCAUGAUUUCUGCAUGCUACAUGUUUCAGAGGGAUUUGUCUCACACUAGCAUUAAUCUGAUCCCAUGGAUUGAGAUUUAUUUACAACUGGUAUACAGUAGGCACACUCCUGAAAUGCAUCUUCUACUUUAGUUUCAUCCAGUCCGUAUGCCCUGAGACUGCUCUGAUGCCUGCUGAAGUGCAGUAAGUGGAGACUGUGGGGAGAGUUCCUGCAAAAGCACAAUCCUGUUCUCAACUGUACUGCCAGUGUAGACACGCUCUGUUGUACAAUUGAAGUUAACAAAAGAUGUUCUCCAAGAUUUGGAGAGGAAAAGCUCCAAUCAUGUUUUUUGUAGUUGAAGAAAGAAGAGUUGAAGCAUAGAGAGGUAUCCUUUUCCCUUGUUGUCUGUGCUGCUUUUUGUUUAAGCUGCCCUUUCUUCAGUGAUCCUCUUCCUCAAGUACGUGCAGUAGUUGUGGUCUUUGUAUCUAAAUCUCCUUUCGCAUUCCUGUGCGUUCGGUGCAUGAGAAGUACAUAUGAUACUGGUUGGGAUCAGCAGUAUCGGAACAGAGACGUACCUAACGUUCCUGGAUAUAUUAAGAGAUUUAUUUACCUUUAAAGGAACAGAGGGAGAUGAACAGCAACUGCACAGUGAAUGACUGUUUAUUAAGAUCUAAUGUGAUGUUCAUACACUUAAGACAUUUAUCUCUGCAGCUAGUGGUUCCGGGGAAGUCUUCGUCGUCUUAUCGCAUAUCAGAAGACGCUGACUGUGGGUCUUGGGGCUGAUGGAGAAAAAUGUCUUUAAUCCUAAUUUAGAGCAUAUAAUUUGUUGGGAAUUUCAAAUUCAGUAAGAAUAUCUUCCUCAACAGAGACUCUAAAUGAUGACUGGCCUCAAAAAUUAACUGCGACACUGCUCCAGCAUCUACAUACAUCCCUGCCUUGGAUAACUGGGAUGUGUGUCUACUGUACAGUAUGCUGGAAUUUGUCUGUUACUCCUAAAUGUGUGGUUGAAAUAUAGUUACUUUUCAAACACCAUAAUCUAAGUUGCCGCAGGUUCGCCGGCAGGCCCUGUGCAUAAUCUGUUUCAGUGUGUGUUUAUAUAUUAUCAACAGUUCAAGCAAAACUCCUUAGCAUGGUUAUAGGUGUUUCCAUUCAAGGUUAGGGUGUUCAUAUGAGUGGACUGAAAGUUCAGGGAAGGAGGACAGUCAAACGGAGUCCUUGGAGACUGACCUGCAUCUAAAUGUUCUGGACAGGUAAUCUAGAUAAUCAAAGCAAGUAUUUUCUUAUCUUUGGGCAGGGCGCUGAUGGUCCUGACAACAGUACAGCAAUAAAUACUACUGGUGAGAGCCUUUAAGUCACCUUUUGUAGGAGCUGUGUAUCUGAUGCAUUGAGGACUGUAUUAUAACACGAAACUUGGUUUUCUGGUCUCUGGAGUUUACUAGCUGCUUGUUGCACCAGAAAUUUGUUUGGGAAACGUGAGGAGUCCCAAAAAACAAAGCCUUUGUGUAGCUUCCCAAAAUAGUGUUUUCUCAAGACGACUUGUUCAUGAUAAGCUGCAGUACCAAUUACAGUAGUUGCUCUACAGUCAGUAAGAGACCCCAAAGUCCAUUCUGAAUGACUCAUUCAUAUCCUUGGUUACUGCUCUGGUGCAUGAUCUUCGUCUGUCCAUAUGACUCAAGGUUCUUUACAAAACUCAGAGAGGAUCUGGGUGUGAUUUUAGUAACAGCCACAACAUGGGCCCAGGUAGUUUUGAGUCUUGCAUCUAAUGAACGUGCUCUUUCAGUUGUCCAGCUUGGCUAGUUUUACAUUCUUCGAACAACAGAUGGAUCUUUCACCUAUCCUGAUAUUCCUACAUCUGAGUUCCUGGAUGUUUUUCACAUGACAAAUUGCUUCAUAGACAGAAACCGGCUAGUAUGCUAACAUAGGAAGUCUAAUGGGAAAGGUUUUCUGUUUAGGAAAGAAGUUAUCAGCUCUUGCCAGGAAAACAGAACCCCUAUCUGCUAUACUGAACUAUCUAAUUUCCUUUAAACAAUUUGAUCUGUUCCUUCUUUCUAGGUAAAUUGGGCAAUAAUAGCUGUCAAGAAGAUUGCCGCUUUCUUAUGUAGUCGAAAGUCUUGGAAAGACCCAGGCACCUCUUCUUAUGAUUUCACAAGUCCGUUUCAUCAUGGGACUUAGCUGGUUGCAUCAACCAGUUUCAGGGAAAAAUGCUACAGCCAAUGUGCGAUCUUAUGUGACAUUCAUUGAUCUAAUUAAAGUAGCUGCAUUUUUUGGUUUGUAUAUUUGUUUGUUUAUUUUUAACUUGCCAGCUUAUGAGAGAAGACUUUUGUAUAACUUUGGAUUCCCAACUGAGCUUCUUCUAUCCCAUAGGUGACCAGGUAAUGGAGAAUUCUCUUUCUUGACAGAAAUAAGAUUUUGUGCUGAUUCCCACCCUCCUUUCUAUCUGUUUUGUUGGUUGUGCUGGUGGUCAUAUUUUGUAAGACUUGACAGGUAAGUAUUUAUUUUGUUGAGUGCCAAUGAAAAAUCAUUCUACCUGGAAAACUUAUGUUAUGCCAAUGGUACCUGUUAUGCCACUGAUCCUUUUGCUUUUUGGGCAGUAGCUUUGGUUUUACAAUCAUUUCGUAUAAAACCAAAUGCCAACCAGUACUGAGGGAUGAGCACACGUGCCCAAUUACAAUAGAUAGUCUAAUACCUGGGAAGAGAUUUUGCUACUGUGGCAAUUUGCUGUCAAAUAAUACCAUGACUGGAGAUAAGAUUAUCCAUGAGUGGUCUCAUUGUGCCUGUGGGCAUGAAUCUAUUACUUUUUUUUAAGCACUGAGCUUAAUGUCUGUUGUGCUGUCGUGCUCUCAGCCCUCCAACAUGGCUAUGAGACAGGAGCAGCGAAUCUAUGCCACACCAGAAGGCUUGAACAGUUCCAGAUGUGCUGCAUCUGGUGUAUCUGCAAGAUGAAAUGUCAGGACAAAAUUUCCAGCACCAAAACAUUUAAAAGUUGUUAUAUGUUUGGUAGUAACAGCAUGCUUGUAAAAGCCUGGCUAUGAUAGUAUGGUCUUAGCCUCAUUCAUAUGGCCAACUUGAAAAGUCACAAGGCUGCAUGAGACGGUAAAGUAAAGCAAGCCGUCUGCUUCCUUGAUAACAGUCAAUGUAAAGACAGUAUGAGUCUAAUUUGAAGGAUUAUUGGAUCAGUCCCUACAGGUAGGAAGCAACAAUUUGUGGCAGAGCAAAGUGGUGCCAGUCACCCUUACUGCCCUAAACCAUUCUGAAACAAUGCUCACACUUACAAUGCUGUUGUAUCUGCAGCUCUCUGAUUCAUCCAAUUUCUUAAGCAUGCCUUCACUGCCAGGGUGUCUUCAUUUUCAUCCAUCAACAUGAAACAGUGGUCAGAUGCUGAUAAAACUAGCCAAGCUUCUGUUGGAAACACUGGAUGUGUGUUCUCUACCUUGGGUGAAAACUUCUUUCCUAAUGCCCACAGCUCUUGCAGAAAAAUACUAUUAAACAAAACGUAGAUUAAAUUUAUCAAACAGGGUCACUCUCUGGCCUUAUCCAGAGUUUCUGGUGUAGAUGGUUUCUAACUUCUGCAUCAUCCACCCUGUUGAGCUUCAUGUUUUCUUCCCUAAACUAUACCCCUCCUUGAGCAAAAAAAAAAAAUCUUCUUUAAUGUUUCGAGAUGGACUUUUUAUUGUGACAAGAAACAGUUGUUCAAAGAUAUUUCAAUACUCUCUUCAUGGUAUUUGCUGAAUGAGUAACAAAGAUCUCAAUAAGUGGGUCUUGAACUGAGUACUCAAGCCAAGAAAGAUCUUCCUGAGUGGGCUGAGGCUUUCUCUGCCCACACUUACUCCUUCACGGCCUCUGUGGCAGAUGUUCCUACAGCAAGAAUGGGAAAAGCAGCAGUGUUCUGUUUCUGUUUAGGCUUGUAGGCCAAACAUAAACUGUGAGUAGUGGUGUAGCAUCCACUCUUCUUUAGGCCCUCAUAUAUUUCCUGAAACAAGUAACUGUUUGCCAGCCUCAAAGAUGGAAGUUGUGUGGAUAUUUAGCAAAAGAAUGGGUAUUUUAUCUUACAGUAGCUGUGGUUCUUCAAGACUUGUUACCCAUGUGUGUUGUAUGUCCUGCCUUCCAUCUGUUCAGAUCGAGGAGCUGUUCCUGAGACUCUUACUCUUAAAUAUAGGUUACGCUUUUUUCUUCUUGCAAUAGAAAGCAAGGUGUGCAGAGUGAACGUUGGGCUUUCAUGGGUAUGUCUCUUUUAAAAGAAUCCAAUCGUGUAUUCCUGGGGCAUAUGUGGAAUGCAUGUGGACAAUAUAUACCUCGCAGAGAACUCCAGUUUAACUAUAGCCUUGAUGCACAGAACACUCCUCCCCGUCACAUCAAAAACACUUGUUCAAGAAGCACCAGACUUACUGUCUAGUCACAGACUGAAUGCCCUGGAUGAGAAUGUAUGAGCCUAGUCCUUUCUCAGAGAUAAUGUGUUCUCUAGGCGUGCCCUUUGACACAUGAGGGAGAAGGGCCUCGAAUGGACCUUGAGAAAGCAUCAGUUGGGAGAGGAUUACUGCUACCAUUGGGACGACUGAUCCAAGCUGCAA